AUGUCUGGAUCUCAAGCGGGCUCGCAGCUCAACAUUGAUCGCUACGUCGUGAUCCACGUCGCCACCACCUGCGACGAGCACGGUGUCUAUGUCACCAAGGAUUCCGCCGAAGUCAUUGAGCUUGGAUGGAUUUUGCUCGAUGCUAAGUCCCUGGAGGAAAUCGUCCGUGAUAGUGCCCUCGUCAAACCCAUCAACACUCCUAUCACGCCUCUCUGCACGAGCCUCACAACCUUGACUUGGGAACAUGUUAGGAACGCUGGCACCUUUAGGGAUGCUGUCAACCGUUUUGAUGCGUUUGCCAAUGAGCACUUGACCUCGCAGAACCUUGACUUUGUCUUCGUCACUCUCGAUGCUUGGGACCUUCGGGUUCAGCUGCCCCGCGAGGCCCGCGACAAGGCUGUGGUCCUGCCGCCUUACCUUCAGCACUCGCGUACCUUUGAUCUCCGUACUGAGUACCAGCGAUGGCAGCAGCACCACCCCGAGUCGCUGCCCUUCGGCCCCUCGAUGCUCUCCAACAUCUGCGCUGCUCUCGAGGUGGAGCCUGUCCAGUCGAGCGCCCCCAUCAAGCACAACCUGCCAUUCCACCUUCAGGCUUUGGCGCCUGCUUCUCCCCGUCGUGCCAUGGAGGAGGCUGUCACUCUUGCCCGGGUUCUUCGUGGCCUAAUCCGCAAGUCUCAGCCUGCUCAUGAGCACCCCGACGUCCUGACACGUCCCAUGGACGCUCGUGCUGAUGUUAGAGCCUUCUUGUCCGAGCGUAGCAAGGUCCUCCACAUGUCAGGCCUCCCCCACGACACUACCCAGUCGGAGCUUGAGAGCUGGUUCACCCAGUUCGGUGGACGUCCCAUCGCCUUCUGGACUCUGCGCACUCCCGAGCAGCACAAGCCCACUGGCAGCGGCUUUGCUGUCUUUUCCUCCCACGAAGAGGUGAGCUGCUGA